AAUUCUACCCCAGGGCAAAAAAAAAAAAAAAAAUAACAGUUUACCCUAUUGCAGACGUUUUCGACAUGUUGAGAGCACGAAAUCAACUCUUGACAGCUAGUCAACGUUCUGGGCUAUUUGCACGUUCAAGUGGUCCAUCAAAGCCUGCUAUUGUUCGCUUACAACACACCAAGCCUAACCACACAAAAGAAACAUUACCUGGUAUAUUCUCACCCUUCUUUUCAGCAACCGAUGACGAGCAGAAAGAAGAAAAAGCACGACGAAACUAUCCUCGUCAGACCGCUUACGACACAGCGAAAUAUAAAAAGCCACCUACACGUAAUAAAAUGUUGGUGCGUGAUUUCAUUGAUGAUUCACUUUAUAAUCCUAAUUAUGGUUACUUUUCAAAACAAGCUGUCAUUUUUUCUCCAGAAACCGAUUUUGAAUUUAACAACAUGGACGAUCAUUUGGAGUUCAUGAAUAUUUUGGGCCAAUUGUAUAAGGAUAUUGAAGGCGAUGCUGAUGAAGUUGAUGAAGUAGCAAGACAAGUGUGGCACACACCAACUGAAUUAUUUAAGCCUUGGUAUGGUUAUGCUAUUGCUAAAUAUUUAGUAUCAGAAUACAAGUUGAAUCUCUUUCCUCACAAGGACCUGAUUAUCUAUGAAAUGGGUGCUGGUAACGGUACUCUGAUGAUGAAUAUUCUCGACUAUAUCCAACAAAACGAACCCGCAGUUUAUAAAAGAACCCAGUACAAUAUUAUUGAAAUUUCAGGAAAAUUGGCAGAAAGACAAUCUCAAAGACAAGAUGUGAAAGAAGCGAAGGAUCAACAUAAGUGCGUUAAGAUUAUCAACAAGAGUAUAUUUGAUUGGGAUAUCCAUGUACCUGAUCAAUGUUUCUUCUUGGGUAUGGAAGUCAUAGAUAAUUUUGCUCAUGAUUUGAUCCGCUAUGAAUUAGAAACUUUACGACCAAUGCAAGCAUUAGUGAGUACAGACGCAAAAGGCGAUUAUACAGAAAUAUAUGAACCUGUCGGAAAUGAUGCCCUGAUUAGUAGAUAUUUGGCCAUGAGAGAUCAAACAAGGUACCGCUCACCCGUAUUAUCUAAGCAACUUUGGUUGAAGUGCUUACAAUCGUUACCAUUGGCUCCAAAUAUGACUUCACCAGAGUUUAUUCCAACCAAACUAUUCAUGUUACUCGAAACCUUAAAAACGCAUUUCCCUCAGCACAGACUUGUACUCUCUGACUUCUCAUCAUUACCCGAUUCUGUAGAUGGUGUUGAUGCGCCUGUUGUUCAGACUCGUUAUAGAGGCACCAUGGUACCUUGUUCGACAUAUAUGGUCCAACCAGGCUGGUUCGACAUUUUCUUCCCAACUAACUUCGAAUUAUUAAGAGACUUAUAUUUGAUGGUGUGUCGCGGAUCCAGAGCUGGCAAUGACAAAACAGUAAAGGUAUUAACACAUCGCGAAUUUUGCGAGAGAUAUGGUGAUGUAGAACGUACAACCACAAAAAGUGGGGAGAACCCAAUGUUAAUGUAUUAUGAAAACAUGAAAAUGAUUUUGACCUAAAUAAAAAAAGUAUAGAGUACACACG